CGACGAUGUCGACAGGUGACUAGUGUGUUCAGGCGUGUGUUUUGUUGAUAGUGUGUCAGACGGUGUAAAACGUUGUUCGCUAUGUCGAAGAUAUUUACUCCAACGAACCAGAUUCGUCUUACAAAUGUGGCGGUAGUACGCAUGAAAAAAGGAGGGAAACGAUUUGAAAUUGCAUGCUACAGAAAUAAGGUUGUGUCUUGGAGGGACAAUAUAGAAAAGGACAUAGAUGAAGUAUUGCAAACCCACACUGUAUUUACAAAUGUUUCAAAGGGACAAGUUGCCAAAAAAGAUGAUUUGAUAAAAGCAUUUGGGAAAGAUGAUCAGACAGAAAUUUGCAAAGAAAUUUUGGCCAAAGGUGAACUCCAAGUUUCAGACAAAGAAAGGCAUUCUCAACUUGAAUCUCUCUUCAAAGACAUAGCAACAACAGUAGCAGAUAAAUGUGUAAAUCCUGAAACUAAGAGACCAUAUCCGGUCUCAAUGAUAGAAAAGGCCAUGAAAGAUGUCCACUUCUCUGUGAAACCUAACAGAAAUGCCAAACAGCAGGCACUUGAUGUAAUACCACAGCUCAAAGCGACAAUUCCACUCGAGAGAGCGCAAAUGAGGUUGCGCAUUGUAGCGUCUGGUAAAGAAGCUAGGAAGUUGAGAGACAAAAUUGCAAGCCUGAGUAGUAAUGUAGAGAGUGAAGAUUGGACUGAUGGUCAGUUAAAUAUGAUAUGCCUCACAGACCCUGGACAUUACCGGCAAAUUGAUGAAACUGUGAGGUCUGACACCAAGGGCCAUGGUCUUCUUGAAUUAUUAAGCCUGAAGGAAGUGGCAGAAGGUGAAGAAAUUCUGGAGUGACAUUGUUAUAAAAACGAUUUAAUAUUUGUAACUUAUUUAUCAGUCCUAUGUACACAUUUGUAUAUACACUUUUACUAAAUUAUAUUUUGAAGUGUUACAAAUAAAACAACUUGAAACAA